GGUUACGCUGCAGAGUACAAAGGCUUCAUGGAAGAGAUGAUAACAAAAGGUUACGCCGAGAAGGUACAAGAACAGCUCCUCGGAGAGAAAGGCAAGGUAUGGUACAUACCACACCAUGGCGUUCACCAUAAGCGCAAAGGAACGAUACGAGUAGUGUUUGACUGUUCAUCAUCCUAUAAAGGUACAUCUCUUAACAGUGAACUCCUUCAAGGCCCUGACCUGGCAAACACGCUUAUAGGAGUCUUGCUAAGAUUUAGGCAAGAGCACAUUGCCAUGAUGGCAGACAUCGAAGGAAUGUUCCAUCAAGUACGUGUCCAUGAAGAUUACUUAGACUUCCUGCGAUUCCUAUGGUGGCCGGAUGGUGAUACUAACAAAAGAUUGGAGGAGUACAGAAUGACUGUACAUCUUUUCGGUGCUAUAUCCUCUCCAAGUUGUGCAAACUUUUCACUGCGAAAGACUGCAGAAGACAACUGUGAGAGGUACGAUGAAGAAGUAAUUCAAACAGUCAAGUCCAACUUCUAUGUUGAUGACUGCCUCAAGUCAGUGGCCACAGAAGAACAAGCCAUAGCUCUCACGAAAAACCUCAGGGAUGUGUGCUCUCAGGGUGGGUUCAAAUUGACCAAGUGGGUCAGCAACAGCCGCACUGUGCUGGCUUCUAUCUCUGAUGAACACAAAGCCAAGCAGAUAAAAGAACUGGACCUGGACAGAGAAAAGCUGCCUGUUGAAAGAGCACUUGGAAUCCGAUGGAACAUUGAAAGUGAUGCAUUUACCUUCCGAGUCACUGUCAAGAACAGACCCCUUACAAGAAGAGGUAUUCUCUCAACUGUCAGCUCUAUUUAUGAUCCAUUAGGUUUCCUCGCCCCAUUUGUAUUAAAGGCAAAGCAAAUCCUUCAAAGGCUCUGCAAGCUAAAGUGUGGAUGGGACGAAGUCAUCCCUGAAGAACACUCUAUUUCAUGGCAGGGAUGGCUCUCAGAGCUGGACCAGCUCUCCAGAUUCCAGAUAGACAGGUGUAUGAUGCCUGAGAACUUUGGUCAAGUCAAGACGGCACAGCUGCAUCACUUCGGUGAUGCAAGUGAACAAGGUUAUGGCACGGCAAGUUACCUUAGGUUCACAAACGGUAUGGAAAAGGUUCACAUUGCAUUCAUACUAGGGAAAUCAAGGGUGACUCCACUCAAGCAGAUGACAAUCCCCAGACUGGAACUUGCUGCAGCAACAUUGGCAGUGCGAGUGGACAGGAUGUUAAAGUUGGAGCUCCAGAUUGAACUUGAGGAGUCAACUUUUUGGACGGACAGCCAGUCUGUGCUAAAAUACAUCCGCAAUGAUACCAAGAGAUUCCAUACCUUUGUGGCUAAUAGGGUUGCUAUGAUCCGUGACCUAUCGAAAGCAAAACAGUGGAGGUAUUUGAACUCAAAACAACCCAGCCGAUGAUGCCUCAAGAGGAUUAUACGUUGAAAUGUUCCUGAACUCAAAGAGAUGGCAUAAAGGACCAGAAUUCCUGGAGAAACCAGAAACUCAAUGGCCGAAAGUCCCCGAGGAGCUUGGCUCCAUCCCUCCGGAUGAUCCAGAGGUGAGAAAAGACGUAAUCGUAAACCAUACAAGUGUGGAAGAAAAGAGUCCAACCAGCAAACUGAUUGAGUACUAUUCAACAUGGAACAGCUUGAAGAAAGCAGUUGCCUGGAUGCUGAAACUGAAGAAACGUCUUCUACAGUUAAGCCAGAAAAGGAAAAUUAUCUCUCAAACUGAUCCAAGAUCAGAUCAGAGUCUGACAAACUCACUGAAGGAACAAAUUGACAAGUUCAAACUGACGUUUGGAAAAGAAAGUCUGUCUGUGUAUGACCUAGAUGAAGCAGAAAAGGUCAUCAUUCGAUUUGAACAACGACAGCACUUUAAACAAGACAUUGCACUAGUUGUGAAAGGAAAACAAUGUGCCAAGAGAAGUGGCUCAAUCUGUAAGCUUGAUCCAAUUGUUGACAAUGGCAUUCUGAGAGUAGGAGGAAGGUUAAGCAAAGCUGCUAUGCCUACGGAACUAAAGAAUCCUAUGAUCCUGCCCAAAGACUCCUACAUCUCUAGACUGAUCUUACUGCACAUCCAUGAGCAGGUUGGCCACUCUGGGAGAGGUCACAUGCUUUCUAGACUUCGCCAACGAUAUUGGAUACCCUGUGCCAACUCUUUAGCAAGGAAGAUCCUUAAGAGCUGUGUCUUUUGCAGGCGGAUGCAAGCUAGAGCUGGAGAACAGAAGAUGGCCGACCUUCCACAAGAUCGGGUGUCACCUGAUUUGCCGCCUUUCACUCAUGUGGGCAUAGAUUACUUCGGCCCCAUAGAGGUGAAGCGAGGCCGCGUUCAUGUGAAGCGGUAUGGUGUGAUCUUUACUUGCCUUGUGAGUCGAGCUGUCCAUCUUGAAGUUGCUAGUUAUCUGGAUACUGAUUCCUGCAUCAAUGCCCUGCGCAGGUUCAUUUGUCGAAGGGGCCCAGUAACAAGUAUCAGAACAGACAAUGGCACCAACUUUGUUGGAACACACAGAGAGCUAGGAGAAGCUAUGAAAGAGCUGGAUCACAACAAGAUUCAAAAAGAAUUACUGAAGGAAGGAGUGACAUGGUCAUUCAACCCUCCCUCUGGAGCCCACCACGGGGGGGUAUGGGAGAGGUUGAUCCGACUGGUGAAAAAGAUCCUCUAUUCAAUCCUUAAAGAGCAAGUACUGGAUGAUGAGGCUUUGCAGACAGCCUUGUGUGAAGUUGAGGCGAUUAUGAAUGACAGACCAAUCACUACUGUAACAAAUGACCCUAAUGAUCUAGAACCCCUGACUCCGAACCAUCUGCUUCAUCUGAAGGCUAAGCCAGUCCUGCCACCAGGACUAUUCCAGAGAAGCGACCUAUACUCACGAAGGAGAUGGAAGCAAGUACAAUAUAUCACUGACCUCUUCUGGAAGAGAUGGAUCAGGGAGUAUCUUCCACUUAUGCAGGAGCGGAACAAGUGGAACAAAACUAAGAGAAACUUCAGUCCUGGUGACCUCGUGGUCAUCGUCGAUGACACCGCCCCAAGGAACUCUUGGCUAAUGGGGCGUGUGGUGGAGGCUUUGCCAGGGGCCAAAGGUCUUGUACGGAGCGUCAUGGUUAAGACUUAAGACCAAUAUCUUACAGAGACCUAUCAAUAAACUCUGUCUGCUCCUUGAGGCGACGGAGUGACACACACACACACACACACAGUGCUCCAUCUUAGAAUCACGUGCACCUCUGAUUCGUUGAUGUCGUACUCUUGCAUUCUUUGAUGUCAUACAUUUUUGGAUGUCAAACUCUUGACAUUUUUUGAAGUUGAACACCUUUACACUUCAACUCAGACUGAGAUCUAUGGACUAUUUUCCUAUAUGGUACCUUGUAUAUUUGUAUAUAGCUACGAACUGUAAUAGUGCUCUGGUAUAGAAUGUUUUGUGUAUUGGCUCUACGUUUGAAUUUAAAGUAAUUGUUGUGCAUUCAGUGCAGUCAACAAUUAGGGGCCGGUAUGUUAGAGCCGAUUUGGACAUAUUUGUAUAAUAGACCGAACAUAUGGAGCUCCAUGUAUAUUUGUGUAAAUGUAUUAAAUAUUAAUGUAAAUGAUGAAAUAUUAGGUACGUACCUUUAUGAUUUAUAUUUACCUGAUUGAGAUAUAUUCAUUUGUUGUUAGUGUAACUUAGUUUUUGGCCCCCCCUCUUGCCUAUUCAUUGUAUUGUGGUAAGUGUGUUAGGAUAAAGGCAGGAAGUUGGGCCUUCGGGAGAGGGAGUCCUUGCUCGAUGCGGGAGCGGUAUAGUUUUUUGACUUGAAUGUAGUGGCUUCCUUUCGUCUUUACCAUAGCCACUGCCCAAGCCUGAAGCGGGGUUGUUUGGUACGCAUACAGACAUACAGACAUACAGACAUGUCAUAAUAUGUAUUUUCCAUAUCAAGUAUUUUGUGCUUUAAGUUGAUUGGAGAAUCAUUUAUUUGUUAGAUAUAAGAAGAAUAAACAUUUUUGUUGCACCAUA